UCAGAUAGAUGAGGCGAGAGAGAAUCUCCGGCGCACUACCGGCGGCAGAACAAGAAGACCGCAACCGGAAGAUAGUGAAAUCACUGUACAAGGCGUUGCGGGGAGGCGGCGACACGGCGAAGGUAGAGAAGAUAGUGGGAAAAGAGAUUGAAUGGUGGUACCAUGGGCCUCCACAUUGGCAUCACAUGAUGAAGGCGUUGACUGGGAAGUCAACGGGAGAUUGUUUCGAGUUUAGGCCAAGGAGAGUGAAGGCCAUUGGUGAUGAGCGUGUGAUUGUUGAAGGAUGGGAAGGGGUGGGAGAGUAUUGGGUGCAUGUGUGGGGACUCAAGCAGGGGAUAAUUUCCCAGCUGCGUGAGUACUUCAACACCUUGGUCACUGUAGUGGUGGUGGUUCGUGUCGAUGAGGAUGGUGGCGGUUGUAAGCGCCAGGAAGAAGUUAGGUUAUGGCGGACCACGUCUUGGGUUAGGGCUCGUGGAUCUUUACCUGAUCUUGUCCUCGCCAUAUAA